AGAAAAAUCAAAAAGAAAAUCAAAAAAGCAAACAUCAGUUGUGAUAUAUUAUUCUUUGUCGGCUACCCAUUAAACAAAUUUUCCUCUCUCUUUCUCCGUCACUCCGAUCACCCCACCCCCACCUCACUCACAUUGUUUUUCUUAAUAUAUAUAUACAUACAUACACACAUAUAUACAUACACAUGUUCGUACAUGCUUCUGAAUUUCUAAGCUAGGAAAAAUUUCAGUUGCCAGUUGCUCAAUUAAUGGAAACGAUUUCGCCGGCGAUCAAUCCGGGUUUGAUUUUGAGGCGAAUUACUACUGCUAGCUCCGAUCACGCUCAGCUCAAUUUCGGGUCUUACAGGAAUCCGACCCGUACCCGGAUCCGGAAGAGAAUCGAGGUUAAAGCCCGAGUUGGGAAGCCCGAAAGCGUUGAUUUCAGCGAUCCGGAUUGGAAGUCAAAGUACCAGACCGACUUCGAGGCCCGAUUCCGCAUCCCGCACAUCACCGAUGUGCUCAACGACGCCGUUUCGUACCCCUCCACUUUCUGCCUCAGAAUGAGGACGCCGGUGAGUCCCGAUUUUGCGGAAGGUUAUCCAUCGGAUGAGGCGUGGCAUGGUUACAUUAACAACAAUGAUAGAGUUCUUCUUAAGGUGAUUCGUUAUUCUUCUCCUACAUCUGCAGGUGCUGAGUGUAUCGAUCCCGAUUGUACAUGGACUGAGCAAUGGGUCCAUCGUGCGGGGCCCAGAGAAAAAAUAUACUUCAAACCGGAAGAUGUAAAAGCAGCAAUAGUUACUUGUGGGGGCCUUUGCCCCGGUCUGAAUGACGUCAUCCGACAGAUUGUCAUCACACUUGAGAUAUAUGGCGUGACAAAAAUAGUCGGAAUCCCUUUCGGUUAUCGUGGCUUCUCUGAUACUAAUCUAGCUGAGAUGCCACUAUCGAGGAAAGUGGUCCAAAAUGUGCAUCUCUCCGGUGGAAGCUUGUUAGGAGUGUCGCGUGGGGGGCCCACAGUUAGUGAAAUUGUGGACAGCAUGGAGGCAAGAGGGAUAAAUAUGCUCUUUGUUCUCGGUGGAAACGGUACGCAUGCUGGUGCCAAUGCCAUACACGAAGAGUGCCGUAAAAGAAGAUUGAAAGUAGCUGUAGUUGGUGUACCGAAAACAAUAGACAACGACAUCUUGCUCAUGGAUAAAACAUUCGGUUUCGAUACAGCUGUCGAAGAGGCACAGCGAGCAAUUUAUUCCGCAUAUAUCGAGGCGCACAGUGCUUAUCAUGGUAUCGGAAUAGUGAAAUUGAUGGGGCGUAGUAGUGGAUUUAUAGCCAUGCAAGCAUCUCUUGCUAGUGGACAAAUCGAUAUAUGUUUAAUCCCCGAAGUGCAAUUUAAUCUGCAUGGCCCGCAUGGCGUUUUGAGUCAUCUUAAAUAUCUGCUCGAGCGAAAGGGAUCUGCUGUUGUUUGUGUCGCCGAGGGCGCUGGCCAGGAUCUUCUCGAGAAAACCAAUGCUAAAGAUGCAUCGGGAAAUACUGUACUAGGAGAUAUCGGUGUUUAUAUACAACAAGAGACGAAAAAGUUCUUUAAGGAGCUCGGAUUUCCAGCAGAUGUGAAAUACAUCGAUCCCACAUACAUGAUCCGUGCUUGCCGUGCAAAUGCAUCUGACGGGAUUCUCUGCACCGUUCUUGGUCAAAAUGCCGUACAUGGUGCAUUUGCAGGGUAUAGUGGAAUAACGGUGGGAAUAUGCAAUACGCAUUACGUAUAUUUUCCGAUUCCGGAAGUCAUUGCACAGUCGAGAUCUGUCGAUCCUAACAGCCGUAUGUGGCAUCGUUGCCUAACCUCAACGGGUCAACCGGACUUUAUCUAGAAGUAAAAAAACGAGGAGUAAUUAAUUUAUGCUCGAGAAAUUUAAACUUUUUUUUUAUUUUUAAUUUAAAAUUGUAUAGCAUUCACAUAGCCAUUUAGAAGUGGUAUGUUGGUAAUAAAAAGAAAACAUUUUUAUGGCUUUUUAGGAGAGAAAAUAAACUCUUAAGAAAAGCCUUUACUUAAUUGGGACAGCUGAAGCUGUUGUUGACUUGUUGUACUGAAAAAUGAAACAAUUAUUGAAUUUCCUUGUGUACAGUUAGUUUUUAUUUGAAUAAAAAUGAAUCAAUUAUUUGGGUGAU